UUUUCCUUUUUAUCGGUACCGGGGAUUGAACUCACGACUGCCUGCUUGCAAGGCAGGUGCUUAUGCUGCUGAGCUAGAUCCCGGCCCCUAUGGUUACAGAGGAGAAACUGAGUCACAAAAAGAUCAACUCGGUGGCCUGAAGCCAUGCAGUAGCGACCAGGAUACGAAUCCAGAGUCCACACCGUUAGAUGUCACUGCCUCUGAAUCUGGCCUCAUCCAAACCAAAGCCCCCAGAGAUGACCUCUCUCACCCCUCCCCCUGCAAGUACAGCUCCAAGUAGGGCUGUGUGUCCAGCAGGUGGGCACUAAGUGCUCUGUGGCAGCUUGGAUGCAGCCCUGAAGGUCUCUGCCCAAGGGGGAGAGGUCGAUACCGCUCAGCAGGAGUCUGACCAAGCUGGGAUGAGGGGCAGAUGAGCCUGAGCGCCUGCUGCAUACCCGGCUUGGAGACAGAGGCGGCGGUUACCCCGACAGAGAGCUUUAGGGGUUGGCAUGUGGGGGGGAUGCAGGGGCAAACGGUCCAGCCCUCCCCCCAGCUCUGGUGACCCUGUCCCCUGCCCAUCCGUUGGGUCCUCCCCCACACCUUGUGCCCACUCGGGGACGUUGGUGUUGUAACAACUUUGGCUGCCAGGAAUCUGCCAACUCCUGGCCUGGGCUCCUUCCCUUUUGCUCUAGCAGGGAGGCCCUCGGGCCUGGGCAUCACCUGCCAGGUCAUUCCUCCAGCCCAGACAGUGACAAGGCUCAACAUAGCCCCAGGAUGUCCUGGGGAGACUCAGACAGUGGACCAGUAUCACUGGUGCCAGGCUUGGUGUGACAUUAUCCAGCUGCAAAUGGAGGCCAAGGUUCAAAACCACAGCUCCAGGGGCUGGAGAUUUAGCUCAGCGGCAUAAGUGCCUGCUUUGCAAGCAGGCAGUCGUGAGUUCGAUCCCCGGUACCGAUAAAAAGGAAAAAGAAAAAACAAAACAAAAAAACAAAACAACAACAAAAAAACCCCACAGCUCCUCCAGCACUCAGGGAGGCUGAGGCAGGAGGAUCUCAAGUUCCAGCCCAGCCUGGGCAGCAAAGUGACUUAGCAAGAGAUGUCUCAAAACAAAAAAUGAAAAAAGGCUGGGACAUAGCUUAGCAGGAAGACCUGGGAUUAAUCCCCAGUACCUCCCCACCAAAAGAGGUGGCAGGCUAUGCUGCCUGGGCCAUGGGAGCCUGGCAGAGGACCCAGAGGAAUGCCAGGAACAGCACUGGGAGCACUGGGAAUGCUUAGUGCCAUGGGGAAACUGAGGAGGAGGAGAUCCUAUCAGUCCCAAGGUCCAGGUUGCAAAAUGACGGGAUUUCCGCUGGAGGUCAUGAGUUCGAUUCCCGGAAUUGAACAGGAAAGAUACGGGAUUUGCAGUUACAUCUGAAAGCCGAAUGAGCAGUGGUGUGUGUGUGUGUGUGUGUGUGUGAGUGUGUGUGUGCACACACUCACACACACACACACAUCCUGGGGACGGAGCCUAGGGCCUCCUGCAUGCCAGGUAGCUGCUCACCACUGAGCCACACCCCCAGCAUUUUUGUAUUUUGAGACCAGGUCUUGCUGAGUUGCCUGAGGUGAGCUCUAAUGUGGGAUCCUCCUGCCUCAGCCUCCUGAGCAGCUGGGAUGAGAGGCCACCCUACCAGGGACUAACUGUGUAGCUAAGUAAGUUCUGGGCGGUAACAGGGACUGGUUUAUGGUAAAGAAAAAAAGUUAGCCAGGGGUGGGGACGCACAGCUAGAAUUCCAGCACUGGGAGGCUGAGGCAGAAGGAUCAUCAUAAGUUCGAGACCAGCCCGGGCCACAUAUUGGGCUCAAGGCCAGCCUAUAGUGCACGGUGAGACCCUGUCUAAAAAAGAAAAAAGAAAAAAAAAGGCCCCUUACACCAGGCAUGGUGGUGACACGACCCAUCAUCCCAGCACUGGGUGAGGCUGAGGCAGGAGGGUCCCUAUGAGUUCAAGGCCAGCACUACAUAGCAAGACUCUGUCUCAAGGAAAAAGACAGACAGACAGACAGAAAAAGAAGGAAAAAAGGAAGGAAGACAGAAAGAGGCUGUUACCCGACAUCCAAGUUUGUGUAUCUGGACCCCGCCAGCCCUCAGCCCCCUUCGCACCCCGAGAGGAAGUGGGGGUGCCAGUGCCAUGGGGCAAUGUAACGGCCCCGCAGCCCCAGCUAUAAGAGGCCUGGUGGCCGGGCUGGCCCAGGAGCCCUGGAACCCCAACCCACCAUGGCCCGUGGCCGUCGCAUCCCCAGGCCUGCCCUCGCCUACGCCCUGCUGGCUCUGCUGCUGGCCGGCCCUACACUGGCCUCAGACAUCGUGGGCGGCCGCCCGGCACGGCCCCACUCCAGGCCUUACAUGGUGUCCCUACAGCGGCGCGGGGGACACUUCUGCGGUGGGACACUCAUCGCCAGGGACUUUGUGAUGUCGGCUGCACACUGCGUGAAUGGCCUAAAUUUCCGGUCAGUGCAGGUGGUAUUGGGCGCACAUGACCUGCGGCGCAGGGAGCGCACCCGGCAGACCUUCGGUGUGGAGCGGAUCUUUGAGAACGGCUUUGACCCCACACUGCUGCUCAAUGACAUCGUGAUUCUCCAGCUCAACGGCUCGGCCAAGAUGAACACCAAUGUCCAAGUGGCCCGGCUGCCCGCCCAGGGCCAAGGCGUGAGGAACGGGACGCGGUGCCUGGCCAUGGGCUGGGGCCGCCUGGGCACCAACCAGCCUGUCCCGAGUGUCCUGCAGGAGCUCAACGUGACGGUGGUGACGUCCCAGUGUCGCCGGCGCGUCAACGUCUGCACCCUGGUGCCCUGGCGCCGGGCCGGGAUCUGCUUCGUGAGUCCCCCUGACCCUGUCCCCUUCCCAGCUGAGCACGGUCAGGCCUCUCGGGGUGGCCCGUGGGCAGCAGAGGGCGCCCCCGCCACCCAGCUGCUAAGUGCUCCUCUGCAGGGCGACUCCGGAGGCCCCUUGGUAUGCAACGGGCUGGUGCAGGGGAUCGAUUCCUUCAUCCGGGGUGGCUGUGGCUCGGGCUACUUCCCUGAUGCCUUUGCGCCCGUGGCCGAGUACAUCGACUGGAUCAACUCCAUCAGCCACUCCGGCCAGCCCAGCCCCCGGCCCCACCCCAGGGUGCCCGGGAGCAGGACCCCCUAGGGACGGGCCACCUGGCCUUUGCACAUCCACUCCCCCAACGUCAAGGGCAAUAAAAGCCUCUCUGUUUUGUA